GCAGAAAAUUCCUGGGCUCCAUUUAAUUCUCAGAUGGACUGGGAAGUCGCACACUGGGCAAAAGUACAAGGUCUUGGAUCGAAUGCAUUCACCGAUCUCCUAGCAAUCGAAGGUGUUCACGAAGCACUCCGUCUGUCUUACAAGAACUCAAUCGAGCUCAACAAGAUCAUCGAUACCAAAAUUCCAUCAUGUCGACCUGCUUUCACUCAUCAUGAAGCCUGCAUAGCUGGUGAAACAUAUGACCUAUUCUCACGAGAUAUACUGGAAUGUGUUCGAGCUCUGUAUGGUGACCCCGAGCAUGCACAAUACCUGUCUUUCACACCAGAAAGACAUUACGCGGAUGCAGGCAAGACUCAACGUCUAUAUCAUGACAUGUGUACAGGUGAAUGGUGGUGGGCAACCCAAGAAGUCUUGGAACAAUCAAAGCCGGGGGCCACGAUAAUUCCCAUCAUCAUCUCAUCUGACAAGACACAGAUCACUCUGUUCCGAAACAAAACUGCUUAUCCCGUUUAUCUUACCAUUGGCAAUUUACCAAAGUGCAUCCGACGCAAACCCUCCCGCCGAGGUCAAAUUCUCCUGGCAUAUCUGCCAACAACAUGUCUCACACAGAUUGCCAACAAAGCUUCACGAUGUCGUACCUUGGCCAAUCUUUUCCAUGCGUGCAUGUCACGCAUUGUGGAGCCAUUGAAGUUAGCCGGUGUGGAUGGCAUUGUAAUGAUGAGUGGCGACAGCAUCAUGCGACGCUGUCAUCCAAUAUUUGCGGCCUUUAUUGGGGAUUACCCUGAGCAGUGUCUCGUCACUGGGACCAUGAACGGAGACUGUCCCAUCUGCACUUGUCCUCGCAAUGAGCUUGGCGAACACCCCUCUCAACAUGAACUACGUGAUCUUGAUGCAAUUUUGGAUGCACUCGAACUUCUCGGUACUCACUCUCUGAAUUGUUGUACCUUCAUCGGAUCCCCACAAUAUACCCAAGCCUGUAACGGUGUUCGAAUCAAACCACUUCAGCAUCCGUUCUGGGAAGACCUUCUGUACCUCAAUAUCUUCCAAUCCAUAACGCCCGACAUUUUGCAUCAACUUUACCAAGGGAUAAUGAAGCACAUGAUCAGCUGGGUUACUGAGAUUGUUGGGGCUGCAGAGAUAGACGCACGAGUUCGCCGCCUUCCGCCCAAUCAUUCUAUGCACACUUUCCAGAAAGGGAUCACAACAUUGAGCCGAGUCAGCGGUACAGAGCACAAGCAGAUGUCACGCUUCUUACUUAGCCUCAUCAUUGAUGUGCGGCUGCCAGGAAAUGCAUCUCCGGCAAGACUAGUGCGUGCAACUCGAUCCCUUCUAGAUUUCCUUUACCUUGCCCAGUUCCCUGUUCACUCUGAUUCAUCAAUUGAUGCGCUUGAAACAGUGCUGGAUGAGUUCCACGCAAAUAAAGGUGUCUUCGAAGACCUUGGCGUCCACAGCAACUUCAAUAUUCUGAAGCUCCAUUUUCUUCAGCACUAUGCUGAAUUAAUCAAAUUGUUCGGCACGACGGACAACUUCAACACAGAGGCCACCGAGAGGCUUCAUAUCAACUUCGCAAAAGAUGCUUACGCUGCCACCAAUCACAAAGACGAAUUUUGGCAGAUGACUAAGUGGCUUGAACGCAAGGAGAAGGUCUUGCAGCACGCAAAUUUUGUUGUAUGGCGCCACAAUUUGAGCACGACCGACACAGCAAAUGUCAUUGCAGUUUCUCCUACUGAAUGCUGGCAACCUCCAGACCUCGCAUGCCUCUUUCACAUCAAAAUGACUCGUCACCCAUCACGCAAGUUGGUUCCAUUCCGAGAAAUCACUUCUUUAUCUUCACAUGGCGCCAUUCAUUUUAUUCCAGCAUUGGCAAGAUUUAUUGUUCAAUAUAAUCACCUGGGACUGUCCUUCCAACAAAUCGAGGAUCGUGCAGUGAACAUUCAUUUUCCCUGCGACUCCGUACCUGUCUUCCACCGAAUCAAAUUCUGGAAUGAUGAGAUACAUGCGACCGAAACUCUCGACUCCAUACACGCUCAGCCAGCAGUGAAGAACAGCAAAGGUCGUAUUGUCAAAGCUGCUCGCUUUGAUACGUGCCUUAUACAGGUGCGCAAUCCUGAUGCACCUCCGCAUCUAUACAAGGUUCGCGCAGUCUUCACUUUGCCACAAACAGUAUUAAAACGGUAUUUCGAUCCUCAGAACCCUCCACCUCAGCAUCUUGCCUACGUCGAAUGGUUUUCGGCCUUCAGUGCUUUACCAGAUCCACAGUCUGGGUUGUAUAAGGUCAAGCGGGUGGUUCGCGAUGGUGAACGCCAAGUGUCCAUUGUGCCCGUAUCUUUAAUUUGUCGAAGUGCUCACUUAUUGCCUAAGUGGGGAGGAGCCAUUCCUGCAGAGUGGACGAGUCUGGAUGUUCUCGAUGCAUGCCCCUCAUUUCUUUUGAAUGUUUUC